CUGAACAGGUCGACGGCAGAGCCCGUUCAAACCUGAUUAACACAGGCGGGUGUGGCUCUGUGUGUUGGAGAUAGACUUGUGGUCUGUCCGGGGUGUACCCUGCCUCUCACCCUACAGAGUUGGGGUAGACAACCACCAAAAAACCUUGGAUGUGUGUUUUAUGUGAACAGAGUGAUCUGUAAUAGAGUCAAAUCUGAGGUUUUAAGCAGAUUUUGAAAUGACAUGUUAAUGCAUCAGCUGUUUUAUCACUCAUUCUCUCUUUAUACAACUUUUACAUCAGUGAUAGUUAAAGCUGAGAACUUUUUGAAGCAUAAAUAUUUCCUGUAUAGUUGUGGCCAAAUGUUUUGGCGGUGGUACAAAUGUAGUUUUUCUUGAUAUUUGUAUUGUUUUUUGUUUUUACAUUUCUUGGAUAAAGUGAAGAACAACCACAGGGAUUUUAUCACUGUGAGAUACUUGUAUUGGCAAAUAAAUACAGAUUUUGUUUAAUUUUUGGCACUGGCCAGAUGGCACUCUCCAAACUACCAACUAAACCUGACACAAACAAGUACAACUGAGUAAUGAUGCUCAGUGGGGUGACAGGAACUGAAUGUAAAGGUUUCAGUGGUUAUCAAGCUCUAGGGGAGGCCAUUUAACUGCACUGAGUGAAAUGUUGCAAUUUUAAAGAGGGAAAACAAUUCACCCUAACAUGAUUUAAACAGAAGUUGAGCACAGAACAGCCAAAACCAUAAUCAGGAUUAUUUUGGUCAGUAUUACUAAACAUUAUACAGUUAGUGAACUUUGGAAGUCGACCGUAGACCUUUAACCUCUCUGUUCUGUGUUGUUUCCACUUUCAGGUCAGAAAAACAUCACAGCUGAAUCUGGACAGAAGAACAUCACUCUUCUAUGCCGAGCUCCAAACAACAGACAUCCUCAUAUGACUGUAGAGUGGAGCAGACUUGACCUGGGGGAUCAAUAUGUGCUUUUGUAUCGAGACGGUCACUUUAAUUCACACAACCAGCAUCCAUCUUUUAAGAACCGGGUGGAUCUGCAGGACAGACAGAUGAAGGAUGGAGACGUGUCUUUGAUUCUGAAGAAUGUGACGAUUAAUGAUGCAGGAACAUACGAGUGUCGUGUCAAGCCAGAAACAAACCGGAGAAAGAGAGCUAAUCUCAGUGGUGACCCCAUCAGCAUCAUCUACCUUCAUGUUGAUCCUCCAGGUCAGACAGGAGGAGCCACAGAGGAUGGAUCUGUUGGACUGAUCGUCGGUCUGACUGUUUUUGUGGUGCUUCUUGUUGCUGCCGUUGUUGUUUUUUUGGUCUACAUAAUACAUAAACAAAACAGUCAGGAUUCACAUCAUCCCCCUGCUGAAGCAAAGACCGAAAUGUCUGAGAGCUUUCUGAACUCUGAAUCUCCUGCUGCUGAACAAAGAGACAGAUAUGACCUGGAAGCAAACAACUGUCACCAACACCCCACAAUGAUCCCUGAUGUCACUCUGACACCCAACCCUCCAGGCUGUCAUAUCGUAAAGUUUGCAGAUGACACAGCUGUGGUGGGAUGCAUCACAAACAAUGAUGAGACCGGCUACAGGAAGGAGGUGGAACUCUUGGAGGACUGGUGCAAGCAAAACAAUCUCUGCUUAAAUGAGAAGAAGACGAAGGAGAUGAUUGUGGACUUCAGGAGGGGAAGACACGCGCACACACCCCUGCACUUCGGAUGAUCUGCAGUCAAAGUAGUACCCAGCUACAAGUACCUUGGUACGUACCUGGAUGGCAACCUCACCUGGAAAAAUAACACUUCCAGCCUGAUCAGGAAAGCUCACCAGAGGCUCUACUUCCUGAGGAGGCUGAGGCAUGCGGGACUGAGGAGCUCAGUCCUCAUCUCCUUUUACAGCAGUGCGGUGGAGAGUGUUCUGUGCUCUGGCAUCAAUGUGUGGCACGGAAACUGCACCGUGGCAGAGAGGAAAGCUCUACAGAGGGUGGUGAAGGCUGCUCAGAGAGUGGACGGAGGCAGCCUCCCAACCGUCACAUACAUAUACACCUCCAGAUGCAGAAAGAGGGCCACCUGUAUCAUGAAGGACCCCACUCACCCAGCACACACACUCUUUGUCCCGCUCCCCUCAGGCAGGAGGCUGAGGAGCAUUAAAUGCAAACCCACCACUUCUCAAUGCAUAAAUGGACAAGAACUGAUAUUGUAGCACCUCAACCAUUAUUGACACUUAUUAUCACUUUAUC